AUGUGGUGGCCCACGCUGCUGGCCCUGCUGGUCCCCAAGGUGGUGGCCCAGCUGCACCCCGAGCGGGAGCUGGACGCCCAGUGGGACCUGUGGAAGAAAACCUAUCGCAAGCAGUACAACGGUGAGGCGGACGAGGUGACGCGGAGGCUGAUCUGGGAGAAGAACCUCAAGUACAUCAACACCCACAACCUGGAGCACGCGCUGGGCGUCCACACCUUCGAGCUGGCCAUGAACCACCUGGGGGACAUGACCAGUGAGGAGGUGGUGAGGACGAUGACGGGCUUGAAGGUGCCCCGUGGCCGCCCACGUCGCAACGAGACACUCUACAUCCCCGACUGGACCGAGAGAGCCCCGGCUACCAUGGACUGGAGGAGGAAAGGCUACGUGACGCCCGUCAAGAACCAGGGCCAGUGCGGCUCCUGCUGGGCUUUCAGCUCGGUGGGCGCGCUGGAGGGGCAGCUGAAGCGGAAGACGGGGAAGCUGCUCUCCCUCAGCCCCCAAAACCUGGUGGAUUGCGUGGCCAACAACAACGGCUGUGGCGGCGGCUACAUGACCAACGCCUUCGAGUACGUCCGGCAGAACCGCGGCAUCGACUCGGAGGAUGCCUACCCCUACAUCGGGCAGGACGAGAGCUGCAUGUACAGCCCCACCGGGAAGGCGGCCAAGUGCCGCGGCUACCGGGAAAUCCCCGAAGGGAACGAGAAGGCUUUGAAGAGGGCCGUGGCCAGGAUCGGCCCCGUCUCCGUGGGCAUCGACGCCAGCCUGCCCUCCUUCCAGUUCUACAGCCGAGGCGUGUACUACGACGAGAGCUGCAACGCCGAAAACAUCAACCACGCGGUGCUGGCGGUGGGCUACGGCACGCAGAAGGGCACCAAGCACUGGAUCAUCAAGAACAGCUGGGGCGAGGAGUGGGGCAACAAGGGCUACGUCCUCCUGGCGCGCAACAUGAACAACGCCUGCGGCGUCGCCAACCUCGCCAGCUUCCCCAAGAUGUGA